GACCAUCUUCUGCCAGGUCCUUGGUUUGUGUUGCCAUUUUAUUAUGUAACAUGCUCUUUGAGUCUCUUCCCUUUUCAAGUGAGCAAAAGAAAAACUAUUAAAAAAAUGUCGAAAAAAAAACUAUAUUGGCACUCUUAGUGGCCUCGAUUUGUGGAAAAGAUUCGGUUUUAGUAGGAAAUAUACCAUAUAUCUAUUUGUUUCUUCUUUCCUCGCCUCUGGAUUUUAGCAAAGGUACACUCCUUCUUUCUUAAAUCCAAACUUUGAGUCGGUGGUUUUGCCCAAGUGUUUGCAGCUGUAGUAGAAACCUUAGAUUUGUAUCCAGAUAAGGAAAACUGAGCAACAUAGUUAUUUCCUUUGGCCAAGAUGAAGUUUAUGAAACUUGGAUCUAAGCCAGAUUCUUUUCAGAAUGAUGGCGAUAAUAUCAGGUAUGUAGCGAAUGAGUUGGCAACUGACAUAGUCAUUAAUGUUGGAGAUGUAAAAUUUUGUCUCCAUAAGUUUCCUCUUCUGUCAAAAAGUGCACGCUUCCAAAAGCUGGUUACAGACACAAAUGAGGAGAACAAUGAUGAAGUCCAUAUCCAUGACAUUCCUGGAGGACCUGCUGCUUUUGAAAUAUGUGCCAAGUUCUGUUAUGGUAUGACAGUCACUCUUAAUGCAUACAAUGUCGUUGCAGCUCGCUGUGCAGCUGAAUAUCUUGAGAUGUAUGAAACUGUCGAGAAAGGAAAUCUCAUCUACAAGAUUGAAGUCUUCCUCAACUCCAGCAUUUUCAGGAGUUGGAAAGACUCAAUCAUUGUUCUUCAAACUACCAAGUCUCUUCGUCCAUGGUCUGAGGAACUUAAGGUAGUGAGCCAUGGCCUUGAUUCCAUAGCAACCAAGGCUUCAAUUGAUACAUCCAAGGUGGAGUGGUCAUACACCUAUAAUAGGAAAAAGCUAACAUCUGAAAAUGGUAAUGAUCCUCACUUGAAUAGUGUGAAGAAACAACAACUGGUUCCAAAGGACUGGUGGGUGGAGGACCUUUGUGAGCUCCAACUUGAUCUCUAUGAACGGGUCAUAACAACAAUUAUAACUAAAGGCAAUGCUUCUGGUGUUGUAAUUGGAGAAGCUCUAAAUUCUUAUGCCUCAAGAAGGAUACCUGGUUUCAACAAGGGUGUGAUCCAAGGAGAUGUCAUAAAGAAUAGAGUAUUGCUGGAGACUAUAGUCCGACUAUUGCCCACAAAUACAGGCAGCGCCUCUUUCAGUUUCUUGCUGAAGUUAUUAAGGGCAGCUUUGCUGUUGGAAUGUGAAGAGUUGGAGAGAUCUGAACUGAUGAGGAGAAUAGGUCAGUGCCUUGAGGAGGCUAAGGUGGCUGAUCUACUGAUUCGUGCCCCAGUUGGUGAGGCAAUUUUUGAUGUUGAUACUGUGCAAAGGCUAGUUGAAGAGUUUGUAGCGCGAGAGCAGCAUGCUCAGACUGAUUCUCUGUUGGAAGAUGAAUUGCAGGAGAUCAGAAGCCCCAUGAUGGUAUCAGAUCCUUCUAAGAUUAAGGUGGCAAAACUGGUGGAUGGCUAUCUUGCUGAGAUUGCACACGAUCCCAAUUUACCUCUUUCAAAAUUUGUUUAUCUUGCUGAAUUGGUUUCAAGCUUCCCAAGAGCAUCUCAUGAUGGCCUUUAUCGUGCCAUUGACAUAUAUUUAAAGGAACAUCCUGGAAUCAGCAAGAGCGAGAGGAAAAGAAUAUGUAGGUUGAUGGAUUGCAGAAAGUUGUCUAUAGACGCAUGCAUGCAUGCUGUGCAGAAUGAACGGCUUCCGAUGCGUGUUGUUGUGCAGGUUCUCUUCUUUGAACAGCUAAGAGCUACUACAUGUUCUGGAGGCAACAACACACCAGAUCUUCACGGUUCUAUCAGGGCCUUGCUUCCUGGUGGAUCUCAUGGGAGCUCAAGGUCUACUCUAACCAAUACAGAAGAUGAAUGGGAUGCGGCGGGGACAGUAGAAGACAUAAGAGCUCUGAAAGCAGAACUUGCUACCCUAAAAUUAUCAGGUGGGAGCAGUGGGGUUAGCAGCAGAAACAGCAAUGAUGGUGGUAAAGGCAAUACUGAGAAAGUUGCUGCUAGUAAAAUGAAAGGUCUCAUGUCAAAGAAGAUAUUCUCUAAGAUUUGGUCAAGUAAAGAAAGAAGUGGUGAGCUAACUAGCUCUGAUACAUCAGAGAGCCCUGCUUCUACAGUUGUAGAGGAAACAAAAUCUACCCCAUCUAGAAGUAGGAGGCAUUCAGUAUCUUAGACCAUGUUUUGCAGUAUUUGAGCUCUAUUCAAUCAUUGUAUAAUCAUCUCACUGAAGUAGCAUUAGGAGUUAAGAGCUCACUGACAUCUUCAAGCUGAUUCUUCAAUGGAACUCUGAGGAAAAUGUUGGCAUGUGGCUAAAGAAUGUAGCACCAAGAAUAGUGUA